AUGUUCAGUAUCAUAACAUGUGUGGGCAACUCUACGAUUCUUCUUGCGAUUAAAAAUACACGAGAUCUUCACACACCAUCUUACGUCCUUCUGGGCUGCCUGGCUUUUUCUGAUCUUCUCGUUGGCCUCAUAUGUCAGCUACUUUUCGUGGGAGUCAAGAUAGCUGAGUUUGAAAGGAGCUUUACUAUGUAUUGUUGGUUAAGAAUGCUUCAGACCAGAUCAGCUUGGACAAAAACCGGCGUUUCGUUUUUGAUAGUAGCUGCAGUGUCCGUCGACCGACUAAUCGCUUUACACCUGCACUUGCGAUACAGCGCAUUUGUCUCCGUUUCUCGGGUUUUGCAAGCCACUCUGGUUAUUUGGAUCUUGUCCGUUAUAUUGUGUGUCGUGUUAAGGUUUUGGAUGACCGCCGAAUGGUUUUUCAUCCCGUUGGUCAUUUUCGUUGUUGUAUCCGUGGUUCUAACCGUCAGUACCAUGAAGAUAUUUCGAAUGGUUCGAAGACACCAGCGCCAGAUAUAA